UCCUGUUCCGGUUGGGUCGGCGCGGGCUUCUCAGGCCACACGUGGGAUUCGGUCCGAGUGCUCCUGUGGGCUGCUGCUCCUGCGGUUGGUGAGAUUACCUGGGUCUAGAGUGCGGAGCUGCUCCGUGGCCACGAGGACGUCACCAUGCCUAAAGAACCAAAGGGAAAAAGUGCAGGACGGGAAAAAAAAGUCAUCCAUCCAUAUAGUAGAAAAGCAGCUCAAAUUACAAGAGAGGCCCACAAACAAGAAAAAAAGGAAAAAUUGAAGAAUGAAAAGGCCUUGCGUCUCAACCUUGUUGGUGAAAAACUGCAAUGGUUUCAAAAUCAUCUUGAUCCCCAAAAAAAGAGAUAUUCAAAGAAAGAUGCUUGUGAACUAAUUGAAAGGUACUUAAAUCGAUUCAGCAGUGAGCUGGAGCAGAUUGAGUUACAUAACAGUAUCAAGGACAGGCAGGGGAGGCGGCACUGUUCCCGGGAGACCGUCAUCAAGCAGACGAUGGAGCGGGAGCGACAGCAGUUUGAAGGAUAUGGCCUUGAGAUUCCAGACAUUCUAAAUGCAAGUAAUCUGAAAACAUUUAGGGAAUGGGACUUUGAUCUGAAGAAAUUACCAAACAUUAAAAUGAGAAAAAUUUGCACUAAUGAUGCAAUUCCCAAGAAGUGCAAGAGGAAAACUGUUAUAACUGUAGACCAAGAUUUGGGGGAAUUGGAACUAAACGAUGAAUCAAGUGGUUCAGAUGAGGAAAUGACUGCAGUGGCCUAAUUGUCUUCACUUGAAUUGAAAAUAAAUAAUUUGAGAGAUUCAAAUUAUAUUCAUUAAUUAUGGUACCUAAUUGUCAAGAUACAAGAAUUUGAUACUGACAUUCUCUUAUAUGAUGAGAGUUUCAUUUGCAGUUUCAAAAAUGGUGUUAUAUAUUUUAAAAUGAAGAUUGUUUUUCAUUUACAUUAAGUUGCUAAAAUAGAUAGACGUGAUCUGCAGAAGUUGUUUAGUCUUCAUCUGAAUUUCGGGCCGGGAGGGAGCAAUAUCUAAGGACAAAAAAUGUUUUGUUUUUUUUGUGUACUUAUGAUCACCUAAUUUCACGUUUUGUGAAAUGGACAGUAACCUGUUUCCUAAAAGAUUCCUGUGGGUACUUUUUGAGCUGUGAUAAUAGCAAAAUUGUUUUUCGGUAAUAAUAUCACACUAAUGCUUCUUUUAAACAUUAAACCUAUGUUCCUUUUUUACAAAAUAAGGGAAAAUGUGAUAAGAAGUUUGUAUACACUGGUGGAUUAUAGAUUAUUAUUUAUCUUUUGAACCAGAGUUAAAUGGUAAAAAAAAAAUCAGUGAUGAUUGUUAUGUUGAUCUCCCACAAUUAAUUUAUCUUUUGACAAAGGGGAUAAAGAGUUUUAGUUUGGCUCCUUUUAAUUGUAUAUUAUUUUUUGCUUUUUUAUUGUGAAAAGUGAUAGGUUUUAUUUGUGGAGAGAAUUGAAGAUUAGAGAACCAGUGAUUUUAAUUAUGCUACUUUUUCUUCUAAGAGAUAAAUUGACAUAUAAUUCAAUAUUUUCAGUGCCAUGAAAAACAUGAAUGUUGUAUAAUUUUCUUCCUCAAAAAACUUUUUAAAUGCAAGUAUCCUUAGUAUUUUUUUAAAAGAGCACGAUGCAGAUGUAUUUGAGUAUUUUCAAGAAAAGAAUAAAAACAUUAAUGCAGUAUUAGGUUAACUGGAUAUCAGCCAAGCCUCAUUAACAGUUAAAAGUAUUAUAACUUUUUUUACUUCUGAAAAUUAAAAAUAAAAUUUAUUUCUGCAAUUUCACUUCUUACAAUCCUAAUUUUUUUUUAUAGUAACUUAUGUUGAUUAGUUAGUAAUCUGUGUAAAAGUGUGGUUUUAGGAUUACAUGAGUAGUUAAUGUCUGAAAGUUUCCUCCCCUCUCGCUUUUGCCUCAUAGUCUUAAAAUGGUUGUAAAAACUGAGUCAUAAAUUGCAUUAAAGAGAAUAAGAACUGCUUUAUCUGGACUGACACUUAAAAGCCCCUAAUGUUAGAUGAAUAACUUGUGAAAAAUGACAGAUUGUCCUCCUUCUUAAACAUUUGUUUCUAGUUUCCCCUGUGUUGUCAAAGCAAAGAUUACAACUAACAAGUUACACUGCUGGGAAACUAGAAUAGGACAAGACAUAUGGGAAGGCCGCACCUUUGCAUCUUACUGUCUCUGUAAGUACAGUUGACCCUCCCUAUCUAAGGGUACUGCAUCCUUGGAUCCAACCAACCACAGAUGAAAAAUAGUCCGGAAAAAAAAGUAUGUACUGAACGUGCAGAAUUGUUUCUUGUCAUUAUUCUUUAAACAAUACAUUGUAAUGACUAUUUCCGUAGUAUUAGGUAUUAUAAGUAAUCCAGAAAUGAUUUUAAGUAUACAAGAGGAUAUACAUAGGUUAUAUGCAAAUACUACACCAUUUUUGUAUCAGGGAUUUCAGCAUCCAUGAAUUCUGGUAUCCGAAGGAGGUCCUGGGACCAGUCCUCCACACAUACCGGGGGAUGACUGUAAUAAAGAGUAUUACAAGGACCUGUUUCUCUACUGGCCGAAUCCAUCAGCCUUGCUUGACAUUUCCCAUUUGGGAUUUUGGUACUUACCAUUCCCUCUGCCUGCGUUGCCAUUCCCCUGAGCUUUUGCAAGGCCGACAAUAACUGAAUUUUCUCUCUUCCUUUAGGUCUGAGCUUAAAAGUGUCCGCUCUAUCUAAAGCAUCUCUACUCCCACACCCUUGCUACUCUUGGUAAUCGCUAUCACAGCACCCAGUUUAGGAUCACUGGAUACAUAAUGAUAGUGAUUAAUGAUCUAGGAAUGUUUGCUAUAAUUUCUGGUGGUGAGGGAGGGUGUUAAGUUCAGAUUUUGGGCAGAGGAGUUGGCUCAUGUAAUUAGCAGACUGGUAGAAAGCCCUGUAGGUCCUUAGAAGUUGGACAUUUGGAAAGGACCUUGUUUUUCACUGUCACCAAACCUCUUAGAUUCUAAUAUCUUGCUUUUAAUGUUUACUAUCCAUGCAAUCAUCUGAAUCCGCUAUUAUCUCUGAAUAGAAAAAUGCUGUUAUAUUCUUAUUUUUCUAUAUCCAAGACUUAUUCUUGAGAAAAUCCCUCUUUAGAUUACAUCGUGAUUUCUCUUAAACUUUUUUUAAAGCAGGUUUGAAAGUCCACAUAGUUUAUUUUCAUUGGUUUCCCUCUGUUUGUGUAUUUAUUUAUUUGUACCAUGUCAUGAGUUAGUCAACGUAGGUUUGCUUUAAAAUAAUUAUAUAUUCAGACCCUUGUAAAAUCUUAAAAAUGUAUGCGUGGUUGGACGUUGCAAAUACAAAUAUCAGUCUGUUAGGCAAGAAGUGUGGAAACCACAAGCAAGGUUUGCGUCACUUGUUUAAUAUACAAAGUCUUUCACAGAUAAUUAUUUUCUUUUUCUUAAUUUGCUUUAGUACACAUGAUUCACAAAACAGUAAAUUGUUAAUGCAAGAGAAUUAUGUAAAACCAAAAUAGUACAAAUGCCUAAUUUCAAAAACUGCACACAGUUAAAAUAAUUUUUCCUCCUUUGUUUUAAUGCAGUAUCCAAUUUCAAAAUGGGCUUUCUUUAGAUGUGGAGGAAACACUGCAGCCCAAAAUAACAGUACUUCCUUUCAACUGUGUUGAUAUGUAAAAUAGCACCAUUGGGCUGACUUAGGAAAGAAAAAAGGUUUUCAUCUUUCUUAAUUAAAGUAUUAUAUAACAACUAUAAUAAUAAUGAUACUAAUAACUUUUAAGAGCUGUACUCUGUUCUAAAAUAUUCAUUUUCAAGGCAAGGAAGGGUAAACUAUAUGGGGCAGAUGGAAGAAUCUUCCCACCUCAGCCCCAGGACUCUUAUAAUUUCCCUUAAUGGUGUCAUUGCUCUAAUGAGCUAAUUUUCCUGCCAAUGAAUACAUGUUUUAAAGAGUACCCAAGGACCUUUUGUAAAACAAGAUAAAAUAUAACUAUGAGGUUGUCUCUCUGGGAACUAUAAUCACGUGUAGAAGCAGCACAGAGUGAGAGUUAAUGCUGGGGUGUUUUGAAAGACUCGUUCAGUCUACACCUAUCUUCCUUCAGGUUACACACUGCUGUAUCUCAGGUUGUUGGGCUCACUUUAGUUUAGAUUUUGUUCAUUUUUAUUUUGUUUUUGUACUUAAGCUUAAUUGCCUUUUGGGCUUUACUUUUUGAAAAAUUGGAAUUUCUUUCUUUUACAAUUUAAUCUUUACUCCUGUAAGAUAAGAGUGAUAGUUCUUUAAAAAAUUAACAGCAUCAAUGUCUGGUUUAUGGUAUUGAUAAUACUGAAGAUUCAUGAUUGUAAAGAGCCAAGGUUUUUAACGCAACUGUAAUUUCAUUCUUCAAUUUUAGUCCUUUUUUUUCAAUUCCGUUUUAUUUCUUCCAUGAGCAGGUAAACAUGCCUCAAAAUUUGCAUUCUGUAGAGCAGUUCUUCUUUUUGAAGGGUAUAGUCAGUCUACAAAAAAGCGCUGCCACAAAACUAAAUCGUUUUAUUGUUUGAAAGGGCAAAUGUUCCAUUGCCACACAGAAUGUAAAAAGAAAAUAAUCAACAUUAGAUUUUAAAUGCAGGUAGUUAUUUCAGAUGUUUGAACCAUAAACAACCAUUGCUGAAAAGCUUCUUAAAAGCUUGAAAUUCAGAACUUCAGGGUUUCAAAAAGUCAGAAGAAUAGCAAAAUCAAGUGUUGACUUUUAACCUGCCAGGAAACUAUAUUAUUUUCUCAUUUCAACAAUGUCCAAGCCCAUAAAAGUUAAUUGCAAGAAUUUAGGUAUAGUUUUAAAAUCCCAUGUCCUCUUUUACUAUUAAUACAAUAAUGCUUACCUUUGCAUUUUAUUCUAGACAUAUUUUCUUAGUGUUAAGUGUAGCCCUUAAUAAAUGAGGCUUUAUUUUAGCCAAUCAUCCUCUACUGUGAAAUCAGCCCUGCAACAUAUCUUGUUUAGGUUCGUACAGAAUUUAAACAAUAUUUUCCAUGUUAAUUAAAGUAAAUAAUUAUUUUACUUUCAGAGCAAACAAAAGAGAAAUCAACAUUUCUUUGUUUGCUGAUGUCUAGAUGUUUUUCCCCGGGAAUAUCUAUAAGCAGCAUGUUGCCAUUACUAACCCACAGGGAAAAUGGAUUAGUAAAAAGCUUAGGACAGUUAACAGGAAAAUUGCAUUAAGGUUAAUCCCUUGGAUAUGGUGCCAUGGUUAAAUCACCCACAGAUUUGUUAUUCAUAAAUGUAUUUAUCUUAAAUAUUUAAAAUGGGCAUUUAAGAGGAAUUUAAUAUACAGUUUAAUUUGUUUAAGGUCCACUGUUUUUUAAAACAUUACUUAUAUCCUUAUUUAUACAGAAUUUUUGGUUCAGUUUAGUUACCUCAACUUUGUUUUCCCUAUGCUUAUAACAAGUUUUAAGAAAGAUGAGUUUUAAACCUUUUGUUUCCUGACUGAAUACCUUAACGUUUUCCCCGCAUAUAUACAUGAAUACACACACGCCAUACACACACACAAAAUUGACAUUGUUUACCUUUUGUUUAUUUCUAGUAAUCAAGACUAUUUGGACUCAGUGUCAGCCACUACUAAUAUUCAUACCAUCUUUCUCCUCAUUUAAAGGUUUUUUUGUUUUUUUCCUUUUUCCUAUGAUCUGUGAAGAACAAGCACACUGAUAAUUACAAAGUGCAUCCAUGUGAUACCCAGAUUUGUGCAAUGUGAUACUCAUGCUUUGGUUCUUAUGGCCAUCAUUGCCUUUUCAUGUUAAUAAAUAAUGACAGCUAACAAAAA